AUACAACACAUUCGUUAAAUUUGUCAUUCGUCUGACAAUUUGCAAACGUUCAAAUAGAAAACGGUCAAAUACAAAAAAAGAACAAGCUUUUCAGUCGUUGUUUUUCUAAACUGUUGUAAACAACUACGAGAUUUGUUCUUAUUAAUUUUUGGUUGUUUUUAAUAAAUUAAUUUAAACGUUAAAAUUUUUAAAGUUUUUUUUGAAAAGUGUUACAUUUUUUUAAAUAAAUAAUUCUAUCAAAAUGCCUUUUGCACGGGAACAACUUGAAUCGGUCAUCAAUGAGAAAUUAUGCAAAUCCGAAACUAUUAAAUUGAGAAAUAAACAUAUUGGACAAGCUUGUCAAUUAUUUUAUCGCUCGGAUCCCUUAAAAAUUGUACGAGGUCAGGGUCAAUACAUGUAUGAUGAACAAGGCACACGCUAUUUGGAUUGUAUCAAUAAUGUAGCUCAUGUUGGUCAUUGCCAUCCCAAAGUUGUAAGUGCUGGUUGCUUACAAAUGGCUACAAUUUCCACCAACAAUCGUUUCUUACACGAUGAAUUGGUGCAAUGUGCCAAGACAUUGACUAGCAAGAUGCCCUCUCCCUUGACGGUAUGUUUCUUUGUGAAUUCGGGUUCAGAGGCCAAUGAUUUGGCUUUGAGAUUGGUACGCAACUAUACCAAACGUCAGGAUAUUAUAACAUUAGACCAUGCCUAUCAUGGACAUUUGACCUCGGUUAUGGAAAUUUCUCCCUAUAAAUUCAAUCAACCUGGUGGUGAUCCCAAGCCCGAUUAUGUCCACGUUGCCCCUUGUCCCAAUGUGUAUGGUGGUCCCUUCAAAGAUAAGGAAUAUCCCAAUCAAAAUAUGACCGAAGUCUAUACUAAACCUAUUGAAGAUAUCUGUGAGAACUUAAAGGCUCAAGGUAAAGGUGUAGCUGGAUUUAUUGCUGAAUCCCUACAAAGUUGUGGUGGUCAGAUUAUACCACCAGAAGGUUACUUUAAGGCCGCCUAUAAAGCUGUACGUGAUGCUGGUGGUCUUUGUAUUGCCGAUGAGGUACAAGUAGGAUUUGGACGUGUUGGCAGCCAUUAUUGGGCCUUUGAGACUCAGGGAGUAGUGCCCGAUAUUGUUACGGUGGCCAAGCCUAUGGGUAAUGGUCACCCAGUGGGUGCUGUAGUAACUACACCAGAAAUUGCUGAAGCUUUCUACAAUACUGGAGUGGCAUAUUUCAAUACCUAUGGUGGCAAUCCAGUAUCCUGUGCUAUUGCCAAUGCUGUUAUGCGUGUUAUUGAAGAGGAGGGUCUUCAGGAGAAUGCCCGCAAAACGGGUGAAUAUUUGCUCAAACAGUGCAAUGAUUUAAAAUAUGAUUUCGAAAUUGUGGGUGAUGUGCGCGGUAUGGGCCUAUUUAUUGGUGUUGAAUUGGUUAAAAAUCGUGAAACACGUGAACCUGAUACCAAAGCUGCCCACUGGGUAGUGAAUCGCAUGAAACAAAUGCACAAGAUUUUGGUUUCUUCCGAUGGACCCAAUGAUAAUGUCAUUAAACUAAAACCACCCAUGGUGUUCAAUGAAGAAAAUGCCGAUGAAUUCUUAUUGGCAUUCCGUGAAUGCUUAACUUUAUUGGCCAAGGAGAGAAACGGUGAUGAUUUGCCUGCCGUCAAUACUCCCUUACCCAUGGCUGCCAGUAAUAGUAAUGGAGAUACUGUUGACUCGGUGUCAAGUAAAACACAAAUGUAUGAACGUCAUGAACGUUUAAUUAAAUCAGUUUAAGUUUUUCUUUUCUUUUAUAUCCAAAGUUUAGUUUUUAAGUGAAAAAUGAAGAAGAAGACCCAUACAAAUAUUUAGAAUUUACAGAGAUUUUAUCUUAUUUAGUUCUAGCAUCUAGAAUUACUCGGAAAUGUUGUAAAAAAAAAGCAAUAUUUUUAUUUUAAUUUUUGUUUCAAUUUUUAAUUGAUCUGUAAUGUAUAUUUUAUUGAAAUUAUAAACAGAAGCAAUUUGUUUUUAAUUAUAUUUAGUUUAAGUUGUUAUAUUGUUAUUAAAUAUAUAUAAUAUAAGCAAUAUUUAAAAAUAA